AUGGAUGUCGAAGAUGUUCUGACUCACCCAGAAGAAAAUGUAGUUGCACAGUUGUUGACUGAUGAAGAAAUUACUGAAAGCGUUAUUGGAAUUAAUAAAGAUGAUAUCGAUGAAGAAGAUGAUGAAAGUUCUACAAUGGAGCCCCCUUUGCGAAACGAAGCUAUUAAAGCGGCAAUCACAUUGAACAAUUUCUUAUUGAGCUAUGAGAAAACAACACCAGAAAGACUUUUCUCUAACUUUUUCAAGUGCAAAAGAACUCUAAAAAUGCCCUCAUUUAUUCGGCUAAGAGAUGGUGGUCAAGAGGGGUUUUUCAAGAAGAUAUUAAUUGGGGGUGAGGUAAUGGGUCGCCGGACAUUAAGAGGGUGGGGUUGUGAUGCCGGAGAAGAUGACCAGAAACUUUUGCCGGAAAUGAGAGCAGGGAUGGAGUGGGGUGGGGUAGGGUAG